AUGAAAUUUUAUUUAACAACUGAGUCUAUAGAUCAGUUGGAUGAAGCUGAUCUUCUCGCGCGAUUGGACUGGGUCAAUUCCUUAAAUUCGUCGUUUGACUCCGCACAGACAUCGCUGGAACGGCUGGAUUUAAAGGAGACUUCGAGUGAUAGGCGAUGGGAAUUUUCGGAGGUUUUUAUGGAUGUGAAGGCGAAGCUCAAUAGAGGCUUAGCGGCCCAGCGCAAAUUGCAAUUGUUGGGUAGCACAGCUGCCAACUCCACAUCUAUAGACAUCAACCAACAUUCUGAUCUUUCUUUUCGGACACGGAAGCCUCGAUUACCGAACCUGGAGAUUGCUCGAUUUCAUGGAUCUUAUGCUGAGUGGCCGGACUUUCUCGCAACGUUCACCGCGGUCAUUGGAAAUGAUGACGAGCUAAGCGACAUUGAAAAGCUGCAAUAUUUACGGUCUAGUCUAGGCGGCGUGGCUCUGGAGACCAUACGCUCGCUCGAACCUUCAAAUGACAAUUAUAAAAAGGCUUUGAAUCUGCUCAUAAAUCGAUUUGAUAAUAAAGUUUUACAUUUUCAGGCACACGUUCAAGCAAUAUUUGGUUUAAAAGGUGUCGAGAAGGGAUCUGCCAAGGGUCUUCGUGAGCUCAGCGAUUCUAUGAACGCACAUCUUCGGGCAAUCCAAACGCUGGCCACUACUCAGCAAAUUUUGGAUGGAUUACUGAUUCAUAUCGUCGUUCACAAGCUGGAUCAACGGACUCGGGAAAAAUGGGAAGAGGAUUUGCCAAUCGCUGAGUUAUCUUCAUGGACUGCUAUGGAGUCGUUUUUGGAGAGGAGAUGCAGGAUGAUGGAAAAUUUGGAUCAAGCUUUGGUAACGCAAACACCAGGCCAUCAGGAAUACAUCAACUUAGGCCACAUGUCUCUCGCACCAAAGGAUCCAACAGUACCACAAUUCUUCUUGCCCCACCAUUGUGUGCAUAAGCAGGAAAUUGCCCUCUGUGGAGACAUCUGCAAGAUGUACCGCUGCGUGCGUGUGUCCCACCCGGAUGACUUUUUGCAGUGUAUUGUUUGGCGAGAGAAGUCCACGGAUGAGUUGAGUGUUUACAAAUUGAACACGGUGACUUAUGGUACCAAGCCAGCUGCCUUUUUGGCUAUAAGAGCCAUGCAUCAGCUCUCUUAUGAUGAGGAGGAUUCGUUUCCAAUUGGAGCAAAAAUUGUUCGUAGGGACUUCUACGUGGAUGAUUUAAUCUCUGGUGGCGAGUCAAUUGAAGAGGUUAGGGAAAUUCGUCGUCAGGUGAAGGAUCUAUUGUCGCGAGGCCAUUUUCCAAUCCGCAAAUGGUGUUCUAAUGAUGGACGCGCCCUCGAAGGAGAGUCUGACUGCGAUAAGGAGAAGCUAAUUCAAUUUCACGACGGAUCAGCUGUUACCAAGGCGCUGGGAUUAGCCUGGGAUCCUUCUUCUGACCAACUUCUGUUCAACUUUUCUCAAUUAUCUGUAAAUCAUCGAGUCACCAAGCGUAUUGCACUUUCAACAAUAGCCAAAUUCUAUGAUCCGCUCGGUUUAAUAACACCGAUUGUCACAAAGGCCAAGAUCUUUUUGCAAUCCCUAUGGAAUGCUAACGUGGAUUGGGAUGACACAUUGCCAGAGCCUAUCCUUUCGUUAUGGCGGGAGUUGACCUCUCAAUUAUCGAUCGUCCAAAACUUGAAAUGUUCACGAUUCGUAAUGCAACCUCAGUCUUCCAUCCAGUUGCAUGGAUUCUGCGAUGCUAGCAUAGCGGCUUAUGGAGCGUGUUUAUACUUGCGGUCGGAGGCCAAUGGAGAAGCAAAGGUCCACUUGCUCUGCGCCAAGUCGAGAGUGUCCCCUUUAAAGGCUUUGACAAUUCCAAGAUUGGAGUUGUCGGCAGCGCUUUUAUUGGCGGAGCUUAUCGUAAGCGUCAAGGAAACCAUCGAUUUCGAAUGCGACUUUUAUUGCUGGUCCGACUCGUCUAUCGUACUGGCGUGGAUUCGGCAGCCUCCGAGGGAUUUCAACGUAUUUGUAUCCAACAGAAUCGCGAAAAUUCAGGAGAUGACAAAAGGCAUGACUUGGCACCAUGUUCCAACAAGCUUAAAUCCGGCGGAUGUCGUAUCGCGAGGCUGUACCCCGAGAGAAUUGCUGGAGCACUCCCUGUGGGCUAACGGGCCUCCAUUCCUGCUGCAAAGCUCGUCAAAAUGGCCCUCUCUUCCAAAUGCAGUUAAGGAUCUUCCAGAACGUCGUUCCGCAGCGCUAGUUGGAACUGUUUGCACUGACAUUUCGAUCAACUGCAAAUUCCUUAACCCUUUUCAUAAGUUGCAGCGUGUAUUUGCGUACAUUUAUCGGUUCAUUUCGAAUUGCAGAGCAAAAUCUUCACCUUCAAGGAACCGUAUUACCGUUGAGGAGCUCAAUUCGGGGACCGUACUUCUUCUGAGGAGCAUCCAACAGGUUCACUUAGCCAAGGAGUAUGGAUGUCUUAGCCAGGGCAGGCCGUGUCCACAGAAGAGCAAGCUGAUUUCGCUGAGACCAAUAAUCGGCUCCGAUGGAUUACUUCGCGUUGGUGGAAGACUUCAGAAUGCAAAUCUGGACUACGAUACUCAGCAUCCGAUAUUGUUACCCAAGGAUCAUCCAGUUACAAAGGCAAUCAUCGUAUAUUUUCAUAUAAAAUACUUGCACGCAGGAUCGCAAGCGUUACUUGCCACAUUAAGGCAAAGGUAUUGGCCAAUUGGAGGACGAAAGUUCGUGGCUACCGUCAUCAACAAAUGCGUCAGAUGUUUUCGGAUGAAGCCUGUCACUUGGGAGCACGUUAUGGGCAGCCUGCCAGCCAAUCGAGUUCAGCCUAACCCAGCAUUUCAUACCACGGGAGUAGAUUAUUGUGGACCAUUUUAUCAUAAGGCAGAGGCCCGCAACAAGGCGCCUCACAAGUGUUACAUAGCCGUCUUUGUCUGCUUCUCUACGAAGGCCACGCAUUUGGAAGUCGUCCAGGAUCUCACAACGGAUUCUUUCAUCGCAGCGUUGAGAAGAUUCACCAGCCUGAGAGGCACUCCGCGCACUAUUUGGAGUGACAAUGCGACGAAUUUUGUCGGCGCUAAGAGCGAGCUAACCGAGCUGAAGAAUCUAUUUCUGAGCGAACCCCACACGGCUGCGAUAGCUUCCUCUUGCUUAGCUGAUGGGAUUGAUUGGAAGUUCAUACCUCCGCGUGCCCCACAUUUCGGUGGUUUAUGGGAGGCGGCUGUUAAAUCGGCCAAAUUUCAUUUUUAUAGAGUCGUCGGUGCUUCCAUCUUGGGCCUCGAUGAAUUGAGAACUCUCGCUUAUGAGAUUUCUGCCAUUCUUAACUCCCGUCCACUCUGUCCAAUUUCAGAAAACGCUGAAAGUCUUGACGUGUUAACGCCGGCCCAUUUCCUGAAAGGCUCCAGCUACACAAGGUUUCCUGAGCCUGAUAUCACGCAUCUCCGAGAAGGCCGCCUCAGCAGAUGGCAAAGGGUGACACAGAUGCAGCAGCAAUUCUGGAAGCGGUGGAGCAGCGAGUACUUAUCCUUGCUCCAAGAAAGGAGUAAGUGGCGCGUCGAAACAUCCAACAUCAAGGUCGGAAGCAUCGUGUUGCUGAAGGAGGACAACCUUCCACCCUUGAAAUGGCAGCUGGGGUGCAUCCAAGGAGUCGUUCCAGGCGAGGACGGUGUCGUCAGAGUAGCUAUGGUCCGUACAGCUACGGGUCUAGUCAAGAGAGCCGUCGCCAAGUUAGCCGUUCUGCCCAUCGAUUCCCAUUUAGUUGGAGCCCUACUUCCUCCAACGGGGGGAGUAUGUUCGGAGCAGCCCGCCUAA